AUGUUUCGCAAUCGGCGCAAUACUCAGAAACCAGACGAGGAGUUGUACGCGGCCUUCAAGCAGAAUUUCCCCGAAGUAGGGCCUGGGUCGACCUCUUCAGCUCUGCAUGGGGAGGCCGGCGCUGCCCGCCGAUCGUCAACUUUAAGCGAGGCUAUCAUAGAUGAACCGUCGACAUCUCAGCGUGUCGUCUCCAACGUUGAUACAAUGUCUCCAACUCACGUCCCUUCAGGCCAAGGCGACGACCAUGCCGACAACGCUGACUAUUUCUCCAGAGCCUUUGAAGGCCAGCCACCUGAGGUGAAGGAACAGGAUGCUACUCCUAAACCGUUCUCCGACGCCUGGCGGUUUACUCCUUCCCUCAUGGAUCCCAAUUCUUAUGCCUUCUCUGCCUUUGCCAACCAACCUCCGGGAUACUACACUCCCACUCCUGGUGGCUUUGGAACUCUCUAUCACCCUCAGGCGGGCGAUCUUCACACGCCCGGUAUGGGAAUGAAUACCCCUCUAUCACUACCGCACUCUGUCCACGGGCUCCACGCCCAGGACCAGUUGAUGCACCUCCAGCACUUCAAUCCCCAUCUUCUGCACCAACCUCACCCAUUCCAGGAUCCUUUCCAUCCCCAGCAACCUCCUAUCCAUGUGCCUACGCAGCAACCACAGACAUUCGCUCCUCAGCAGUUCCUGCAGCAUCAGGACUCUGGCUAUGUCGCGAUGGACGAGACUCCCCAUAAGACGACCCCCACGCACGCCGAGAUCGGCAUUGAGCAGCCCAACAUCAAUCAACCGACGCGACAGUCUAUGUCCGGAAGCGUCGCUAUGACCAGCCUACCCUCGGGGGAGAAGUUAGUAUCUACCGGGUUCGUCUACACAACCUCUAAUUUUGUUGGCAGAUUUCGCUUUCACACCACCUUGAAUGCUCCGACUGCCAUGGUCCGGCACGCGGAUGAGAUCCCUAUUACGUAUCUCAACAAAGGCCAAGCUUACACCAUGUCAAUAUGGGACACCACCCCUCCCAUGCCACAAAACACCGUUCCCAAGUAUCGGACUUACGUCCGAGUUUCCUUUGAGGACGAACAGCAACGGGCGCGACCGGGUGGAUGUUGGCAGCUAUGGAAGGAAGGCCGUGGAUCGAAUGAGGCGCAUCAGCGAGGUGGGAGACUUUUGGCAGUGGAAUUCGUGGACCAGAAUCCAGGUGGGGAGGACGAGUUACGGAAACCCCAACUUCUACUCGAGAAAGCCUCAUUCGAUGGAUUCGCCGUCACCUGGUCCCCAAAUUCCAUUAACGGAAGCCCCGAUUGCUCCAUAUCAAUCCGCUUCAAUUUCCUGUCCACGGACUUUAGCCAUUCGAAAGGAGUCAAAGGCAUCCCGGUUCGACUUUGUGCUAAGACCGAAUUGCUCACCCCUCAGACAAGCGCCAGUAACGAGCCAGAAGUAUGCUAUUCAAAAGUCAAGCUAUUCCGUGAUCAUGGUGCAGAGCGCAAACUAUCGAAUGACGUUGCGCAUGUAAAGAAAACGAUCGACAAGCUCAAACAACAGAUCGCCCAAGCUGAAGCAGGCCUGGGAAGUGCCGGAAAGAGAAGGAGAAGCAGUUCAAUUGCAAAAGCAUCAGCAUCCAGACCUGGAAAAGUUGUGAAACACAAACGGACUUGGUCCGUUGACUCGGAAGCGGAUGGUGUCAAAUUUUCCGCGGAAGAAGACCUUCAAAUGAAGCUAGUCAGCAUGCAGGAUAUGUUUUCUUCGACAAGACCUGUCAGUGUUUUGUUUCUGCGUGGUGAUGCAGAAGAUGAUCCUGAUCUCCACCCGGUCAAACUUCCUGGAGAUGAUCCUGAAGGCAAAGAAAUCGUGCGGACCGGUACAUGGGAAUCCAGACAGAGUGCAUCUGAUUCCCCCACGUCAAAUCCUGCUUCACCAUCUUCGAGCUCUGCAUCACAGGCCACCCCAAAGAGAAAAUUUUCCGACUUGCAACAGACCGCCAUUCUGGAAGAGGGGGAAAGCGAGUACGGCUACGAUCAUAAAGGAGGUGACUCUGGGUCAAGACCAGUGAAGAUCCUCAAACCAGCAGAGGCAUCUGUUGCUGGACCGGAUCUCUUUGCUGUUGAUGUGGAUAGCAGCUAUCGGCCUCCUGUGGAAAGGCCCAUUCGGCCAGUUGCGUGCUUUUACGUGCGCCAAAAAGACGCAGCGAAAGAAUACUACCGCGCAAUAUACUUGUUGCAGCGCACCGUCAAGGAUCUGGUCAACAACAUUGCAGCAAAAUUCCAGAUCGACCCUCACAGAGUUACUCAGGUCACGCACGUCAAUUCUCGCGGACUCCGCAUCAUCGUUGACGAGGACGUCGUCAGAGAACUCCCCGAGGGACAAGACAUGAUUGUUGAAUUCACACCGCUCGACGCUGAUCAGCCGGUAAAGCAAGAAUUCAUUGCACCCGCAGCCACAGAGGUGGUAGUCGACAGCGAGCUACCACUUACGGAGUCACUUGUCUCGGACCCGUUAGAAAUGUGGUUGAACUAUUGA